AUGCAUAGAACUUAUUCUUUAAGAUCCACUAGAGCUCCAACUGCAUCUCAAUUACAAGCUCCUCCUCCUCCACCAUCAUCUACCAAAUCUAAAUUUUUUGGUAAAGGAUCCAUUAGUCAUACUUUCCGUAAACAAGCUGCUGGGGCUUUAGGUCCAGAAUUGUCAAGAAAAUUGGCAAUUUUAAUUAAAAUGGAAAAAAAUUUAAUGAGAUCAAUUGAAAUCACUUCUCGUGAAAGAAAAGAUGUUGCUAAACAAUUAUCUUUAUGGGGUGAAGCCAAUGAAGAUGAUAUUAGUGAUAUCACUGAUAAAUUGGGGGUUUUAAUCUAUGAAGUUGGUGAAUUGGAAGAUCAAUUUAUCGAUAGAUAUGAUCAAUAUAGAAUCACUUUGAAAUCUAUUAGAGAUAUUGAAGGUUCAGUUCAACCAAGUAGAGAAAGAAAACAAAAAAUUACUGAUCAAAUUGCUUAUUUGAAAUAUAAAGAUCCUCAAUCUCCAAAAAUUAAUGUUUUAGAACAAGAAUUAGUUAGAGCUGAAGCUGAAUCUUUAGUUGCUGAAGCUCAAUUGAGUAAUAUUACUAGAGAAAAAUUGAAAACUGCUUUUAAUUAUCAAUUUGAUUCUAUUAGAGAACACGCUGAAAAAAUUGCUUUAAUUGCUGGUUAUGGUAAAGCUUUAUUAGAAUUAUUAGAUGAAAGUCCAGUUACUCCAGGUGAAACUAGACCAGCUUAUGAUGGUUAUGAAGCUUCUAAACAAAUCAUUAUUGAUGCUGAAAAUGCUUUAGCUUCUUGGACUUUUGAUUCUGCUGUUGUUCGUCCAACUUUAUCUUUAGCUGCUCAUGAUGAAGAAGAAGAAGAAGGUGCUUAUGAAGAUGAUGAAUUGGCUAAUGAAGCUGAAAAUUUGAGAAUUGCUGAAAAAGAUUUCGAUGAAGUUGAAGCUAAAAUUGCUGCUUAA